AUGGCUUGGAAUGGAUGGCGCAAUAUACUGUCGCUGAUCAUCCUUUUGACUGCAAAGUCGCAUGCUCAACUUGAUGUGUGUGGCCGCCCAACACUAAUCACAAAAAUUGUUGGGGGUGGAGGGGCACAAGAAGGAAGUUGGCCCUGGCAGGCUAGUCUGCAGAGUUUUGGAAUACAUGCUUGCGGUGGCUCUCUCAUAAACAAAGAGUGGGUUAUGUCAGCUGCCCACUGCUUCUCCAGCCCUAGUACCACUGGAAUUGAAAUUUCUCUUGGUCGUCAGAACUUGCAGGGGAACAACUCAAAUGAAGUGACCAAAUCUGUUGACAGAAUCAUUUUGCAUCCAGGCUUUGACAUUUUCAGUUUAGAAAAUGACAUUGCUCUGCUCAGACUCUCCUCACCAGUCACGUUCACAGACUAUAUCAGACCUGUGUGCCUGGCAUCCAGUAGUAGUGUGUUCAACAAUGGAACUGAAAGCUGGGUCACUGGUUGGGGAACGGUCAAGAAACAAGUGCCUCUCCCCUCCCCUAAGGCACUACAAGAAGUUGAAGUCCCAGUUAUGGGAAACAGACAGUGUAACUGCCUAAUUGGAGUGGGUUUAGUCUCAGAAAAUAUGAUAUGUGCUGGUCUUCAAGAAGGUGGGAAAGAUGCUUGUCAGGUAGAUUACCUUUAAUUUGCACUUGUUUUUUAAGUGUUAAUAGAUGUUUUGACAGGCACUUAUUCUCUAUACUCUCAGGGAGAUUCGGGAGGUCCAAUGGUGAGUGAGCAGGAUUCUAUAUGGAUCCAGUCUGGAAUCGUCAGUUUUGGGUUUGGCUGUGCUCGGCCUAAUCUGCCCGGAGUCUACACAAGAGUAUCUGUAUACGAGUCCUGGAUUAACUCCCACAUCAUCUCUGAUAAACCUGGUUUUGUGCUCUUCAAACCAAUUGGUAUGGAUGGUGAUAGCCACUACACAUGUCCUGGUCUACCCUCACCUGUUACUGAAAGACCAGCUAUAACAGAAGAUCCAAUGUCCAGCAUUUCAACUACAGUGUGUGGCAAGCCAACCCUGAAAACAAAGAUUGUUGGUGGAGAAGACGCUGAAGCUGGAAGUUGGCCUUGGCAGGCUAGUUUGCAGAAUUUUGGUAGCCAUGUUUGUGGUGGUUCUCUCAUAAACAGAGAGUGGGUAUUGUCUGCUGCCCAGUGCUUCCUCAGCUCAAAUACCUUUGGAUGGUCGGUUUUUCUUGGUCUUCAGAGCCUAAAGGGAAACAAUUCAAACAAUGUGUCCAGAAAUGUUGAGACAAUCAUUUUGCAUCCAGGCUUCAGCAUUUUCACCUUUGAAAAUGAUAUUGCUCUUGUUAAACUCUCAUCGCCAGUCACUUUUACAGACUACAUCAGACCUGUGUGUCUAGCAUCCAGUAACAGUGAGUUCAACAAUGGCACUCAUAGCUGGGUCACUGGCUGGGGAACAGUCCAGGAAGAUGUGUCCCUCCCCUUUCCUGAAACGCUCCAAGAAGUUCAAGUCCCAGUGCUGGGAAACCAGCAGUGUAAUUGCCUCAAUGGGUUAGGUUUAAUCACAGAAAAUAUGAUCUGUGCUGGUUUUCUUGAAGGAGGGAAAGACACUUGUCAGGGAGACUCAGGAGGUCCAAUGGUGACUGAGCAGGGGUCUAUAUGGAUCCAAUCUGGGAUAAUCAGUUUUGGAUUUGGCUGUGCUCAGCCCAACCGGCCCGGUGUCUACUCUAGGGUGUCACAAUACCAGUCCUGGAUCGAUUCGAACAUAAUCUCUGAUAAGCCUGGCUUUGUGCAGUUCAACUCCAGUGGGCUAGAUGCUGACAGCAACUACACAUGCCCAGGUCUACCUCCUCCUGUCACUGAAGGACCAGCUACAACAGAAAAUCCAAUGCCUAUUAUUUCAAGUGCGGUGUGCGGCAUCUCACCGUUGAACACAAAGAUUGUUGGUGGUGGUGAUGCCCAAGAAGGCAGUUGGCCAUGGCAGGCUAGUCUGCAGAUAUUUGGUAGCCAUGUUUGUGCUGGUUCUCUCAUAAACACAGAAUGGGUAUUGUCUGCUGCCCACUGCUUCUCCAGCCCAGAUAUCUUUGGAUGGUCAGUUUCUCUUGGUCUUCAGAACCUACAAGGAAAUAACUCAAAUGAAGUAUCCCGAAAUGUAGAUACCAUCAUUUUGCAUCCAGGCUUCAGCAUUUUCACCUUUGACAAUGACAUUGCUCUGGUCAGACUCUCAUUGCCAGUCACGUUUACAAAUUACAUCAGACCUGUGUGUUUGGCCUCUAGUAACAGUGUGUUCAAUAAUGGCACUCCUAGCUGGGUAACAGGCUGGGGAACAGUCCAGGAAAAUGUGCCUCUCCCAUUCCCUAAAACGCUACAAGAAGUGAAAGUCCCAGUUCUGGGUAACCGACAGUGUAAUUGCCUCAAUGGAUUGGGUACAAUCACAGACAAGAUGAUCUGUGCUGGUUUUCUGGAGGGAGGAAAAGAUACUUGUCAGGGAGACUCAGGAGGUCCACUGGUGAGUGAGCAGGAUUCUAAAUGGAUCCAAUCUGGAAUCAUCAGUUUUGGGUUUGGCUGUGCUCAGCCCAACCGGCCAGGAGUUUACUCAAGGAUGUCACAAUACCAGUCCUGGAUCAAUUCCCACAUCAGCUCUGAUAAGCCUGGAUUUGUGCAGUUCAACUCCAGUGGGCUGGAUGCUGACAGCAACUACACAUGCCCAGGUCUUCUUUCUCCUGUCACUGAAGUGCCAUCUACAACAGACGAUCAAGUGCCCAUUCCUUCAAGUAUUGUGUGUGGCAGGCCAAUCUUUAUUACAAAGAUUGUUGGUGGGGAAGAUGCUCAGGAAGGAAGUUGGCCCUGGCAAGCUAGUCUGCAGAUUUCUGGUAAACAUGUUUGCGGUGGUUCUCUCAUUAACAGAGAGUGGGUAAUGUCUGCUGCCCAAUGCUUCCCCAGCACUAGUACCUUUGAAUGGUCAGUUUCUCUUGGUCUUCAGAACCUACAAGGAAAUAAUUCAAACGGAGUAACCCGAAAUGUCAACACAAUCAUUUUACAUCCAGGCUUCAGCAUCUUCAGCCUUGAGAAUGACAUAGCUCUGGUCAAACUCUCAUCGCCAGUCAGGUUUACGGACUACAUCAGACCAGUUUGUCUGGCAUCCAGUACCAGUAUGUUCAAUAAUGGCACUCAUAGCUGGGUCACUGGCUGGGGAACAAUCCAGGAAGAUAAAGUGAUGGUCCCAGUCCUGGGAAAUAGACAGUGUAACUGCCUGAUUGGAGUAGGCUCAGUCACAGACAAUAUGAUCUGUGCAGGGGUUCGGGAAGGAGGGAAAGACGCUUGUCAGGGGGAUUCUGGAGGUCCAAUGGUGAGUGAGCAGGGUUCUAUAUGGAUCCAGUCAGGAAUUGUCAGUUUUGGAAUUGGCUGUGCUAGACCUAAACAACCUGGGGUAUACUCAAGAGUGUCCCGCUUCCAGUCCUGGAUCGAAUCCCACAUCAGCUCUGAUAAACCUGGUUUCGUGCAGUUUAACUCUAGUGGGCCGGAUACUGAUAGCAACUACACUUGCCCUUUACCUCUUCCUGUUACUGAAAGACCAGCAACAACUGAAGAUCCAGUACCCAGUGUCUCAAGUGCUGAAUUUUGUGGCAUGGCAACAUUGAACACUAAGAUAGUCAGAGGUGUAAAUGCUUCAGAGGGAAGUUGGCCGUGGCAGGCAAGUCUCCAGACUUUUGGCAGCCAUGUUUGUGGUGGUUCUCUCAUAAACAAUGAGUGGGUAAUGUCUGCUGCUCAGUGCUUCUCCAGCACAAGUACAUUUGGAUGGUCAGUUUCUCUUGGUCUUCAGAACCUACAGGGAAACAAUUCAAACCAAGUGUCCAGAAAUGUUGAAUCAAUUAUUGUACAUCCAGAAUACAACAGUUCCAGCAAUGACAAUGACAUCGCUCUUCUCAGACUGUCCUCAGCUGUGUCAUUCACGGAUUAUAUCCGACCUGUAUGUCUGGCAGCUAAUAGCAGUGUGUUCAACAAUGGUACUCAAAGUUGGGUUACUGGAUGGGGAACACAACAUGAAGGAGAAACCCUCCCCUUUCCUGAAAAGCUACAAGAAGUAGACAUCCGAGUUGUUGGAAACAGACAGUGUAGCUGCCUCAAUGGAGAAGGCUUAGUCACAGACAACAUGAUCUGUGCUAGGGUUCAAGAAGGAGGGAAAGGCCUUUGUCAGGGGGAUAAGGGAGGUCCAAUGGUGAGCAAGCUGAAUUCCAAAUGGAUACAAUCUGGAAUUGUUAGUUUUGGUUUUGGAUGUGCGUUCCCCAAUAAACCGUGGGUUUAUGCAAGAGUGUCCCGCUACCAGUCCUGGAUCAACUCUCAGAUCAGCUCUGAUAAGCCAGGAUUUGUACAGUUCAACUCUAAUGCGCUGGAUGCUGAUAGCAACUACACUUGUCCUCUACCCCUUCCUGGUAUUGACGUUACCACAACGGAAGGAACAGCUCUCAGCUCAACAACUACAAGCUCAACCCUACAAAUUCCCACUGCGCAAGUUUGUGGCAUUGCACCUUUAAACAAUCGCGUCGAAGGUGGCCGUGGAUUUGUACUAGGUGGAACUUGGCCUUGGAUCAUAAGUCUCCACGUAAAUGGACAGUACGCUUGUGCAGGAACUCUUAUUACUUCCAGCUUCAUCCUCACGUCUGCUGAGUGCUUCUCUAGCUCUGCUCCAGUGGCCAGUAACUGGACAGUGUAUCUGGGACAGAAAAUUGUCAAUGGUGUGGAGCAGUUUGAAAUUACAUUGGGCAUCGACAGUAUUACCAUAAGCCAACUGGAAGGUUCCAAUGUUGCUGUGCUGCAUCUAGAAAGGGAUGUUGGAGUCAGUAUUUACCGUCAGCCUGUGUGUUUGGAUCUCAACAAUGCAAUAGCCUUCCCUGUUGGCAGUCGCUGCUGGACUGCAGGCUGGGGAAACCAGAACGCAAAUCAAAGCAUCAUGAAAUCUGAAAGACUAAGAGACCUUGAAACUGAGGUAGUCAGUUGCAGAAGUUCUGUUUCUGAUCAGGAGAAUAUUUGUACCUCUUCCUUGGACCUUCAACAGGGGGAUGUCGGUGGCCCUCUUAUCUGCAAGUCGGAAUCAUCAUGGUUCCAGGCGGCUGUUGUUUCAAAAGAUACUACAAUCCUCCGCAACAACAUUCAGGUGUUCUCCAAAACAUCUCGUUUUGCAUCAUUCUUGAAGGAAACGGUAGGCGAAUUGCCAUCUGCUGCAGCUACUUCCUCAGCAGGUGCACUAGGUUCCUUUAGGGCAUCCCUCCUUUCUUUAGUUGUGGCUUUGACCUUCACCUACCUGUUUAUUAUGGAGAAGCAUGAGGUUUUUCAUUGCUGCCCUUGUGCUUAA